UUUCAAUUUCAUAACAAAAUGGCGGCGCCCAUGGUCACUCGUUUCGUUGGACGUGUGCUACGUUUUAACCCACUAAAAACCUCUGUAGUAUCAGCCAAGUAUGGUAUUGAACGUAGGCUCAUAGAUGUUGGGCAUCACCACCAAAACCUAGCAGUAACAUCAAUAAGUUGUGCACAGUUGCAGUACAGACUGUACUCCCAGUCAUCCCCAGGAAGUGGGAAGCCACCCCUGAAGAAACCGUACACCCCUGUGGGCAAACACGACAACCCCGCGGAGAAACACCGGGAUGCAGAGAAGGAGCCCUUGGAAGCCUUCCCAGAUGACAUCAACCCUGUCACUGGAGAGAGAGGGGGACCUAAAGGGCCAGAGCCUACCAGAUACGGGGACUGGGAGCGAAAAGGACGAUGUAUUGACUUCUAAAAUGGACGACAUUGAACCCCCCAAAAAGUCCAACGUUUGUAAAAAAAAAAAUGAAACCAGAUGAGUGGAGGCAACUGUGUUUAUCCUCCUGGCUUUCAAGCCAGAGUGGGGGAUAUUGCGAUUGCGUAUUCCUUCUGUGUGUCGGUGUGUGUGUGUUCCAUUUCACUAUAAAGUUCAGUCAUCAAUCUCAACCAACCUUGAAAGGUGCCGUGGUCUGUGGAGAGGAGGACGACGUCCAAACAAACAAAUCCUUUCCAGUAUGGAUGUUUAAGAGGUCUCUGGAGAGCUCAGCUCAGUAUUACUAAUGACUAACAUACAUGUAUGUUAGUCGGGUGUCUCACCUAAACUCCUCAUUCAACUGAGAACUGGUACCUGCCGGGUGGACAAUCAACGCCUUCACUGAAAAUUAAACUGCCUGUACAUACAAACUGCCAGGACGCAGGGGGAUUGCUCAAGUUUUACUUGCAGUAUUUUCUCUGUUUCCGACCAACCCUUACAGGUGUAAGCACGACCCCUUUCACAGGAAAUGUUUCCAUGUUCUUGUCCUCCUACCCCUCCCUCCACAAGAUAAAAUGUUGUUCUGGAUUGGACAGUGUCAUUAUUGUUUUAAUUGAGUUUUUUUUUGGUUUGUUUUUUGAUGUAGAUUAGCAAUAUUUAUUUACUGGUUGUUUAAAGGCAGCAGCCCACUCUUUAAAUUUCAAGUUUAAUGCUUGACUAUGGCCUAGAUUGAACUGGCAUACAUGAUGAGGUUUUACAUCUGAUCAACUGCAGAAUCCAUUUUGAUGUUGAUGUAAUGAAUU